AUGUUAACUACAAAGUUGAAGGCUCUCAAAUUCGAUCUUAAAAAGUGGAAUAAAGACGUUUUUGGGAAUCUUGAAUGGAGGAAGAGUAGAGUCUUUGCUGAUUUUUAUGAGAAUGAUCGCCUUGAAGAGGGGGGUGGGGAUGUGGAGUUCUUGCGUUCUAGGAGAGCUUCUUGUCAAGCAGAUUUUGCAAAGAUUGCUAGUAUGGAGGAGACAUCUUGGCGACAAAAAUCUCGGGCUCUUUGGUUAAAAGAGAGAGAUCGCAACACAAAAUUUUUUCACAGACUCGCUAACGCUCAUAGAAGAAGUAAUCAUAUAGGACGUAUUUGGGUAGAAGGUGUAGAGAUGUGGAAGGAGGAAGAUGUGCAUAAUGGGAUUGUUUCUUUUUAUCAGAAGCUUUAUACUGAACCGUUUAUUUGGAGACCCAAACUUGAUGGUCUUCAUUUCGAGGCCAUUUCCGAGAUCGAUAGGGAAGGGCUUAAGAUUCUUUUUUCUGAAGAAGAAGUUCUCAUGGCUCUAGUUGUAAUAGGGACAAAGCUCUGGGCCAAAUGGGUUCACUAUGCGGAGUUUUAUUCUACUGGUGCUUUUGAGAAGUCGCUUAAUGGAACUUUCAUUGCCCUUAUCCCUAAGAAGGGAGGUGCUUCUGACAUUAAAGACUUUCUUCCUAUCUGCUUAGUGCGUUAUAUCAACAAGCUUCUUGCUAAGGUCCUUGCUCUUAAGUUAAGGGGAGUGAUGGAUGGGAUUAUUUCAAAUUCCCAGAAUGCUUUUGUUAGAGGACGAAAAAUUCUUGAUUCAGUUCUUAUUGCUGGUGAAUGUGUGGAUUCCAGAUUGAGAAGUGGAGUUCCUAGAGUUUUGUGCAAACUUGACAUUGAGAAAGCAUAUGUUCAUGUGAAUUGGAAUUUCCCGCUUUAUUUGCUUCAGAGAAUGGGGUCUGGAAGUAAAUGGAGGAAAUGGAUUGAGACAUGUCUUUCAUCAGUCAAAUUCUCUGUUCUUGUGAACGGGUCUCCUGUUGGUUUCUUUGGGUGCUCUCAAGGUUUAAGACAAGUAGAUCCCCUAUCAUCUUUCCUCUUUCUUAUUGUUAUGGAGGGCUUAAGCAGACUUAUGCGAAGAGCAGAGGAUCUUGAUCUCAUCAAGGGCUUUAUGGUGGGAAGAGAUCCUGUUCAUCAGAUGGAGUUAUUGACGCGAGAUCAUAAUUUCAUAUUCCAAGACAUUUUGUAUCAGACUGAAUGUGUUACUGUAUUUACUGAACAGUUUUCAGCAAUGCUAAGUGAUGCUGCAUUUGUGUUCACCUGA